AUAUAUAGAAGAGUGUCACCAAACAGGAAUUAUAGCUUUGCUCCUCAAAAUUAUCAUCUUCACAGGUGUUAACAUGUCAAAAAUUAGCAUUCCUUCAUCUAAUUACUUGCUCAAAGAUGCACCAUCAACAAAAUCCUUUGCCUUCACCAAAAAACAUCCAUGUACUCUAGGUUCUUUGAAGAGUAUUUCCAAAGCAUUUGGAUUGAAUUGUAUCUCCAAGUUCAAAGUCUCAACAAUGGCACUACACAAAGUGAAAUUGAUAGAUCCUAAUGGUAUCGAAAACAAGAUUGAAGUACCCGAUGAUCGAUACAUUCUUGAUACUGCAGAAGAUGUAGGAAAGGAACUUCCAUACUCAUGCAGGGCUGGUACUUGUGGAACUUGUGCAGGACAGUUGAGUUCAGGCUCAGUAGAUCAAUCCGAAGGCUCGUUCCUCGAUGAAAACCUGAUCGAAAAGGGGUACGUAUUGACUUGCAUUUCGUACCCAAGGGAAGAUUGUGUUGUCUAUACUCACAAGCAAGAUGAAGUCUUGAAUUGAGAAACGUUUGGUGUGUAAAAAGGUUCUCCGCGGAAGGGGGCCAACUAUGUAUUAAAGCCUUUAAAUCAACAAUAAGUUCACCAUUGAAACCUU